AUGGUACUGAGUGACCCUAUCGCGCCGCUGCCGGAGUACCACUGGAACGCUAUAGUAGACAAGAACGAAUGGCUCGAAUUCGAGCAAGAGCCUAUCCGCCCAAUUUGCAAGUCCAGUUUCUGGCGUAUUCCGACUGUUCUGAAGCUAACUUGGGGAUUAGCAAAGCGCCGUCGAGAAGAGGAAGAGGAAGAGGAAGAGGAAGAAGAGGAUGAUGAAGAUGAGGAUGAUGAAGAUGAGAAGAUGACGAAGAAUGAGACGACGAUGACGACGACGACGGAUCUCGGGAUCUGGGAGACUCCUCCUGCUGCCGCUGCCACAAGAGAGCGCGCUGCCGUGGCUUGCGCAGCCAUCAAGAAGAUUAUCAAGACGAUGAUCAAGCCCAUGCUUAAGCUCAAGCUCAAGCGAAACCCCAAGGACGUUCAGUCCUCCGAGAAAUCCUGA